AGAAACCAUUUCUCAUUUCUCAAUUGAAACAACCAGUAACCAAGAACACGACAUACCCAAAAGAAAUCAGCCAGAAACCUAAACCUAAAACCCUACAUAGUGUGCAAGCACAAUUUUGCAGAUAUACAUAAUUUGAAGUUCAAAGGAGAAUACUAAUUUUCAUUCACCACUCCUCAGAAAUGGCGUCCGUUGAUUCCAGAAAGAAAUCACUAGUUCUGGCUCUCUCCAAGCACUUUUCAUUGAAUCCUAGUGUUAUUCCAGCUGAUGGUUUAGACGGCGAUAUUAAGUCUCUUUACUUGAGCAUCACUGUGGCAUCUGGACACGAGGUUAAUCAUUCUGACGAGGUGUUGAAGUGGGUCGCAUUUGCAGAGUCCUUUCCUGUGGCCCUUGAUGAAUCCUUUGAGAAUCUCAAGAGAUUAAAUGAUGAACUUUCUGGAAAGUCUGUGCUCCUUGGCAAUGGAUUGAAACCCUCUGAAGCUGAUGUUAUAGUGUUUUCAGUAGUUCAUCCUUCCCUGAUCAGUCUUCCAGAUACUAACAAGGAAAAGUUGCCACAUGUGUUGAGAUGGAUUGACUACAUCCAGCACAAACAGGAAUAUGUAGGCUUAUUUGAGGAAAUAGUGUUGCAGAAGCCUGAAUUUGAGCCUCCGGUGACAAAAUCUGUUAGUGCCGUGGAAUCUGAUUUAAAAUCAAACAAGACUGAGCAAGGCAUAAAGAAUGCAAGCAAGCCAGAGACAGACAUAAGCAAGGAUAAAAACAAAGCUGAGGUUAACGGAAAGUCCACAGGAGACACUGAACCUGCUAAAGCCAAGUCCACAGGAAACACUGAACCGGCUAAAGCCAAAGCCAAAGCAAAAGCCACGAAACCUGCUGGCAAAGAGGUAGCUGAGAAAGAGAAUGAACUUAGUGUCAGUUUGCUUAAUAUUCAAGUUGGAUUAAUUCGUAAAGCAUGGAAGCAUCCGUCAGCAGAUAGUUUGCUAGUUGAGGAGAUAGAUGUUGGCGACGCCAAAUUGCGGCAGGUUGUCAGUGGUUUGGCAAAGUACUGUAGUCCUGAUGAGUUAACGAAUCGUCGAGUUGCACUUAUUACAAAUGUCAAACCUGGAAAACUACGGGAUGUGACGUCUGAAGGACUGGUCUUAUGUGCUUCAAAUGAAGGUUCCACCAUUGUUGAGCCCUUGCUCCCUCCUGAAGGAGCUAAAAUUGGGGAGCGUGUGUCUUUUGCCGGGAUUGAUGGAAAACCAGAAGACGUACUAAACCCGAAAAAGAAACAGCUCGAGAAGAUCACACCGCAUCUUUUCACUGAUGACAAUGGCGUGGCCACAUUCAAGGGGAUACCAUUUAUGACUUCUGGUGGACCAUGCACAUCAUCCAUUUCCAGAGCAACUAUAAAGUGAUCAAGACAUGUCCCAUUCAUUGUUGUUGACCACUCAGGUUGUUAGUACUGUGAAUUAUUUAAUGUUUUGAACUACGUGAAUUUAAACGUAGUAGUACAGUAACAUUUACUAGUAUGUUGCCGUUGUUUUAAGAUGGUCUUGAAUACUACAAAAAUGAUCUCGAAUCCAAUGUCUUCAAAAAACUCAGACUAUAAGAAACUGCUAAAAACUUCCAAA